AUGGCGAGCAUUGACACACAGCGGCUUGAAGCCAGGAGACACUGUUGCAGUCUUCUGAGCCGGACCAGUUGGACUCAUGGCUGCAUACUCCGCAAUGCUCCGUGGUGCUUCACAUGUCUGCCCGGUGGACUAAGUCCCAGAUCGCUUGGUGCUGGCAGAGUCUAUCGGAACAGUUCCCAUCCAGUUCAAUGCCCCCGACCCCGUUCAACAAAUCAUGACCCAGGAGCCAAAUGGAUUGGAUUUGAGUUCGUCAAUGCCACGGGUCAACGUGACGGUGAACUUGUUCCUUGCAAACUCCUCGCCGUUGUUGCUCAACAAGGAGGUGUUGUUAUCGCAGGUGUUUACACUGGUGGUGAGAACAACACCGCGGGUGCCGCCAAUGCCGCUACUGUCCCUACUGAACAAGGCUGUUACGGUUGGAAGUGGAAUGUUUUUCCGCUGGAACAUGCACGUUCGCCCAUUAAUCUGGUUGUGAAUGAUCGAGCUUCUCCCAGUUUUGUGGUUAGCUUUAUCAUUGAUGUUGAGCAGGCCCCGGAGUACUACCGGCGCUAUAGUGACCUCCUGGAACACAAGAUUGUAAUAUGUUUCCCUUAA